AUGUCUGACAUUAGUCAACAAAUGAACAACUUGAGUGUUCAAGAAAACGGAAGCGACGGUCAAUAUCAACCAAAACAAAAUGGUCGCAGACAAUACGUGCCACCACAUUUGAGAAACAGAUCUGGCCAACAAUCAAACAGUUCUGAUGAGGUUCCAUUUGGAGGAUCUCGCCGUAACGGGUAUGAUAACAGAGGAGGAUUUUCUUCCAGAGGCAAUGGUUUUGGAUUUAAUGGCUCCAGAGGUGGAGCUAGAGGAGGAUCUGGAUUUGGAGGUGGUAGAUACCAAAGACAAGUCCCAGGUGUAGGUAAAUGGGUUGAUGGAAAACACGUUCCUGCACCACGUAACGAAAGAUUGGAAGUUGAAUUGUUCGGUGUUCCAGAAGAAGAAGGUACUCAAUCUUCAGGUAUCAACUUUGACAACUAUGACGACAUUCCAGUUGAAGCCAGUGGUGACGAUGUACCAGAGCCAAUUACCGCUUUCACCGCGCCACCAUUGGAUGAAUUAUUGGUUGAAAAUAUUAAAUUCUCAAAGUUUACCAAGCCAACUCCAGUUCAAAAGUAUUCCGUUCCAAUUGUCGCUGGUGGUAGAGAUUUGAUGGCUUGUGCUCAAACUGGUUCAGGUAAAACUGGUGGUUUCCUUUUCCCUGUUUUAUCUGAAUCUUAUGCCAACGGUCCAGCUCCAGUUCCUGAAUCUACCGGAACUUUUUCAUCACACAAAGCUUAUCCAACAGUUCUUGUUAUGGCCCCAACCAGAGAAUUGGUUUCCCAAAUCUACGAUGAAAGUAAAAAGUUUGCUUACAGAUCAUGGGUUCGUCCUUGUGUCGUUUACGGUGGUGCUGAUAUUGGAAAUCAAAUCAGACAAUUAGACAGAGGUUGUGACUUGUUAGUCGCUACUCCAGGUCGUCUUAAGGAUUUACUUGAAAGAGGAAGAGUCUCAUUGGCCAACAUCAAGUAUUUGGUUUUGGAUGAAGCUGAUAGAAUGUUGGAUAUGGGUUUUGAACCUCAAAUUAGACAAAUUGUACAAGAAUGUGAUAUGCCAAGUGUUGAAAACAGACAAACUUUGAUGUUUUCUGCUACAUUUCCAAGAGAUAUUCAAAUGUUGGCUCGUGAUUUCUUAAAAAACUAUAUUUUCCUUUCAGUUGGUAGAGUUGGUUCCACUUCAGAAAACAUUACUCAAAAGGUUUUGUAUGUUGAGGAUGAUGAAAAGAAGUCAGUUAUCUUGGAUAUGUUGAAUGCCAACAGUGCAGGUUUGACAAUUGUCUUUACUGAGACCAAGAGAAUGGCAGACAACUUGGCUGAUUUCUUGUAUGACCAAGGGUUCCCUGCUACUGCCAUCCAUGGUGACAGAUCCCAAUAUGAAAGAGAAAAGGCUCUUGCUGCUUUCAAGAACGGUAAAGCGCCAAUUUUGGUAGCCACUGCUGUUGCCGCUAGAGGUUUGGAUAUUCCAAAUGUUUCUCACGUUAUUAACUAUGACUUGCCAGGUGACAUUGAUGAUUACGUUCAUAGAAUUGGUCGUACUGGUCGUGCAGGUAACGUUGGUAUUGCUACUGCUUUUUUUAACAGAAAUAACAAGAACAUUGCCAAGGAUAUGAUUGAGUUAUUAUCUGAGGCUAAUCAAGAAGUUCCUGAUUUCUUAACCAAGAUUUCAAGAGAAUCAGCCUUUGGUAGAGGUGGUCGUGGAUCUUCCCGUGGUGGAGGAUACGGUGGUCGUGGAGGUGCCACCAGAGAUUUUAGAAGAUCUGGCGGCGGUGGACACUCCAAUUCAGGAUGGGGUAGUAGUGCUGGUAGCGGAUGGGGAAGUUCAGGAAACAGUGGAUGGGGAAACUCCAAUGGUUCAAGUGGUGGCUACGGUUCUCGCUCAAACUUCAACUCAAGCUAUGGUAACCCAUCUGCUUCAACUUCGUGGUGGUAA